AUGGGACAUGUGGUUGGCAAAAUCAAAAUUCAUACAGAUGAUGCUUCAACUAUAUAUAUAGCUGCCGCCUUCUACAUAGCGCCCACAGCCAUAGUUGCCACUUGUGGAUCAAUCAAUCAUGGCCAGGAGCCCAGGACACCGAGGACGACAAUUUUACACCACCUUGUCCUAACCCUCUGCAUCCUCUCGGGUCAAAACACGCCGUCUUCUUUAGCUUCGAGUGCAACUGCAAUCGAUGAUUUCCUUGGCUGCCUCUCCGCGGACAUCCCGUCUCGCCUCAUCCAGACCCCGGUAACCCCGUCCUACUCUGCCCUCCUGCUCUCCACCGCCUGGAAUCUCCGCCACAUCCUGCCGGACACCUCCAAGCCUCUAGGGAUCAUCGCGGCCACCGAGCACGCCCACGUGCAGACCACCGUCCGUUGCGGCCGCCGCCACGGCGUCCGCGUCCGCGUGCGCAGCGGCGGCCACGACUACGAAGGCCUCUCCUACGCCUCCGUCCACCUCCACAAGCACAACGAGCCCUUCGCGGUGCUGGACCUCGCCACUCUCCGGGCGAUCCACGUAGACCCGGCGCGUGCUGAGGCGUGCGUCGAGUCCGGCGCCACCCUUGGCGAGCUCUACUACGCCGUCGGCGCCGCCAGCUGCUCGCUCGGGUUCCCGGCGGGCUCGUGCCCCACCGUGGGCAUCGGUGGCCACCUGAGCGGCGGCGGGUUCGGCUCGCUGGCACGCAAGUAG